UGGGACUCUCCUGUUAGACCAAAGCCCGCCGCCGCGCCUAGCGUUCGCAGAACAGAAGGCGCCGCGAGUGCCUCCGUGGGGUGCUUGUGCGGCGCUGCCGCGCUUCGCUGCCUCCUGCCCAGUGUGGCGGCCGAAGGCGGCAGGAAUCUCCGCCCGGAUCUCAUCGGCCGACCCGGCCAGACGGCGCGCCCGCUACAUUGGGGGGCGACGACGGUGGGCGGUGGCGCCGCCCUUUCGGCCUCGAUGGAUCGCUUUUGACGCGCGGAAGUUCUGCGCCUGGUUCUCUUCGCGGUUUUCUUCCGGUUCCUGCCCGGCUCCUGGUUCGCCGGGAUUUCCGCAGCCGCAGCGCAGUGCGCGCUCAUGCAGAACGCCGAAGCGUUGUCGAUUGAUUGCGGGACUCGCUCCGUGGCUUGGCUAUUUUGGAACAGGGGCCCAGGCGGGGCUGUGUGUGCUCGCAAAAUAUGCAAAAGGGGCGGCGGGCGGCGCGACUACUUUUGCUGGCGCGCGGGGGCGAAGCCCGGGCCCGCGUGUCGUUUUUGGCCCGCCGGCUCCCCGGCCUCGGGCGGCGCGGAGCGGAUCUCCGCUACUUUGCCGCCUACGCGGGCAGCGGAGACAAACAGGGUGGCGAGGGGGCCGCAGACCUCUUGAGGCGCCUCGCCGGUUCGUUGGUUGGGCCCCCAGCAAGCACGCAGGCCCGCGCGCCAUCGGCGCAUCAUCACCGCCGGGGGGCCGACGCCGGGAAGGGCGGGGCCGACUCGUAUCCGGCCUUUUCCCCGGAUGGGGGGCGCUCUGCCG